AUGGAGGAUGUCGAUGCGGCAGAUCUAGCUCUUUUAGAAGGACCUCCCGGCGUCUUGAGUGGGGACGUUAAUGAGAACGAGUUACUGGAUAAUAUUUCGGAGCAAAAGCCUGUGAAAGUUGAGGAAGAGGAUUUGUAUGAUGAUGCUAUUGCACCUUCCACUAAUGACGUGAAACCAAGUGUUGCAGAUGUAAAAUCUUCAGUUCCUGUUAAUCAGCCACAACAUAGUGUUGCUCCAGUAGUGUCUUCCGAUAAGAAAUUUUGUUGUUAUGUAGGAAAUAUGACGUGGUGGACAACUGACGCUGAUUUAGCUCUGCACGUAGCAAACCUUCAAGUCAAUGACCUGAUCGAAAUGAAAUUUUUUGAAAAUAGAACGAAUGGCCAAAGCAAGGGUUUUGCUUCCUGUACUUUUGGAAGCGAACAAUCAGUUAAGAUCAUCACUGAAAAGCUUCCUCAGAAGUUGAUUCAUGGAAAUACACUGUGUGUUCUACCGUUCACUAAACAGUCCUUGAACAAGCUCGAUGAAGCUGCUGCUAAAGUUCAAAAUAGGCCUGACGCUAAGAACGCGAAAAAGGUUGGGGUACCGAAAAAUCCUACAACCGAAGAUGGUUGUGUUAAUAUGGGAACUAUCCGUAUCGGAGGUAACGUUCCUUCUCAAAUGAUGAGGUCUGGAGGAGCUCCCCCUAUGCAUAACAUGAUGAUGGGUCCUGGAAAUAUGUCUUCAAUGGGAAAUCCUGCUCCUAUGAAUCGUGGACCUCAGCCCCUCAUCAUGAAUGGACAACCUCCGAUUCAACCCCUUCAACCAAACGUAAUUCGACCUAUGGGCGGCCCAGGUGUUGCACCAGGAGUUGCUCGUCCUCUCAUGAACCCUAACGGGCCGCAACCCAUUAUACCCAACGGGCCUAUGGGAAUGCAAGUUCCUCCGGGAGUUGGGAUGCAAAUGCAGCAAAGGCCCCCCGGUAUGCCUUACCAACCUGGUCCACAACCACUUAUGCAACAAACGAUCCGUCCCCCAGGUGUUGGCCAAAUGCCUCCUCCAGGUGCUCAUGUAAAUCCACAAAUGUUUCCUGGGAUGCAAGCAAAUGUUGUGUCGGAAGCUGAGUUUGAAGAUAUAAUGCAUAGAUUGAGAACUGUUUCAUCGUCUGCUAUAACGAGAGCGCAAGUAGAUGCGGGUACAGGUCAUUUCGCAUCUGCUAUAGAAACUUUGAGAACAGCUUUAACCAUUGUCCGAACUAGUAGAAUAUCGGGCGAUGAACGUUGUCAGCCACUAUUUAUGACAUUAGACGAAACAAUAUCCGACAUUGAAAAGAAAAGUCGAGGAAGAAAUAAGCAUCGUGAUCGCGACAGAUCUCGUAGUAGAAGCCGUGAUCGUGAUCGUAAAAGAAGAAGGAGAAGCCGAACCCGUUCCCGCUCUCCUCGUGGACGAGGUCAUCGAUACUAA